CAUCCCUGGCCGACUUUUUGUGCGGGUGUAACGAGAGUCAACAAGCUGCUUCGAAUCCACACGCUAACUUGGACCAUGGUUUCGCGAACCCUAUCUCAAGAUCUGCUACUAUCCAUUCAGAUUAUCUUCCAUCGGCAAGCUCGACAUCGGCUUCCGAUACCUCUACAUUUCCUUCCCCCGCAUUGGCUCCAGUCACUCCCUUCUUACCUUCUAGUGUCUCUCAUGCCUUGCCCAGUCCUCUUUCUGCCAGUCAGCCCUGUCAAUGUAUGUGGGCGAACUGUGGAGCCGUCUUUUCCUCCCUUAGUGACCUUGUCGGUCAUGUCAAUCUUCAGCAUCUCCGGAUCCCACCAGCUCCACAGCCUAGCACAUUGAUGGACCCCUCAUUUGGGAUCGACUCCUUAUCAUGUCAAUGGGGAGAUUGUACCGCUUAUCCUUCCCCGAGCUCUAUUCCAGGCUCUUCCACGGGAAAUCUACACGACAGCGCGACGUGCAUAUUGGCCACUCAUCUCUUAAAUGACCAUCUUGGAAUCCAUAACCACGAACCAUUCUCGGGUAACGUCCCAGUUACUGCUCAAACACAAGCUCCAGCUUUUCCAGACCCUGUCGAGAGCCUUGCCUCUCCGCCAGCGUCGUUGAAUAGCGCUUCGCAUUCGCCUAGUCCUUCACCACAUGAGUGCUCCGGCACACACAUUUGCCAUUGGAAAUCAUGCUCCGAAUCGUUCUCUUCUUGCGAUGAGCUAACGGCGCAUAUAACCGCAGUACACAUCGGGAGUGGCAAGCCUCACUAUGAUUGCUUUUGGGAGGGAUGUACCAGGCAUGGAGAGAAUGGGUUCACAAGCAAACAAAAAAUAUCUAGACACCUGCAGUCCCAUACAGGUCACCGGCCGUUCCAGUGCACAGUGUGUAAACAGAACUUCUCAGAAGCUGCUACGUUACAACAGCACAUGCGUCGGCACACUCAAGAAAAGCCAUACGUCUGCGACUUCCCUGGCUGCGGUAAAGCAUUUGCGAUCACAGGUGCUCUGACUAUUCAUAAGCGAACGCACAACGGUCAUAAACCGUUUAAAUGUACAUACUGCGAAAGGGCAUUCGCGGAGUCGUCGAACUUAUCGAAACACUUGCGUACUCACACAGGUGCCCGCCCUUACACGUGUACUGCAGACGGUUGUGGGAAGGCAUUCGCCAGGCCAGACCAGCUGGCUAGACACAUGAGCGUACAUCGGAAGAAGGGCGGCGGUCCCAAGGUAUAGAGGACUUGAGAACGGGCCGUAUAGAAGUAUAAUAGUGAAGGCGUG